GUUUCCAUUUUACUCAUUAUCCUCUUCAAGAGGUUUGCUGGCAAGACAAUAUACAAACUAGUGGUCUGGAAAUCGUUGAUAACUAUCCAAGCAUAUGUGUAACUCGACUUAUUGGAAAUAAAAAAAAACAAUAUCUUUACAAAAUUUUACAAUUUGGUUUUUAUCCACAACAAGUAAAGCGAACUCAACAAAGUGGCUAUCUAAUUUCUAAUGGGUAUAUAGUUCGUGUAGAGGUUUAUGGUGUGGAUUUGAUCGCUAAAACUCAGUAUAAUUCUUGUGGAGAGGUUAUAUAUACAAUUACUUGGAAUAGUUACGAUGGAAAACAACAGUCAAUUUCAAGUAAUAAAUCAGCUA